AUGACGCACGCUCGAGCACGAACGCUGCUCCUCGCAGCCAGCCUUGCGGCAAGCAGCGCGUUACGACUCGGCGCCCAGCGCCCGCUUGGCCGCCGCGCGGCAUUCUCGAGCUUUGGCGGCGCCCUGUUGGCGCCGCAAGUGGCGCACGCGCUCGACCCUGCGAAGGACCGGCCGAACGACUCGGUGUUGCUCAUCCUCCGCGUCAAGGAGGCCGCGGCCCAGGAGACGCGCCUGAUCAAGUCCGGCAAAUUCAAAGACCUGCAGCGGAACUCGAUCAAGCUCGCCAUCGCGCUCAUGCUGGACAACUACCAGCUCCUGGACAACAUCAACAAGGCCGCGCGCUUCGCGGGCGGGAGCCGGAGCCAGGAGGCCUACUCGGUCGGGCAGGGCGCCGUCGAGGCGCUGCAGUCCGUGCUCGAGUACUUUGAUAGCUCGAGCUCGUCGCUCAAGGUGGACACCAUCUCCUCCGAGAAGCAGGCGUUCGUCGUGCGCGCCCUCGACGUCGCGUCGCAGCGCCUCGACCAGUUCCUCGCCUACCUGCCGCCGGAGCAGGUCGCGACGGCCGUGGCCUUCAUCGACUACGAGAACGAGCUGAACCUGCGCGAAUACGCGCAGGCGAACCCGGGCCAGGGCACGUAUCUGAACCCGAAGCCGACGUAA